AGUGGAAUCCUGCUGCUGAGGAAACUUAAGAUUGUAAGGCAGUGGAUGACAUGCUUCUUUAAAAGCUUCCACUUUAGUGGAAAAUUAUGAAAAAAGUCACGUAAUGAAAGUGAGAAGUAGACUGACUGAAAGUGAGAAAACUAAGACAUACUGUUGUUGAUUUUGCAUAUAUUUUUUCCUUUUUCUUUGUUUGGUAAAUGGAUGGACAUUUUCAGAAUGAAAGAAAAAUUUGAAGAGGUUGAUAUGUAUAGCUUAUUAUGCAGUGGUUUUAGAGGCCCGGCCCACUUGAGAUGAAAGUGUGUGUGGCCCCUGAACUAAAAUGAGUUUGGUUUACAGUGAUAGCUGUAACAUGAAAGCUGUUUCACUUUCGACCUAUAAAAAAGAUUUCCCCCCACUGCUGCCAUGCAUGCUGCUCUUUCUUUUAAUGUGUUUAAGGAAAACCUUUUUAUUUUAUUUUUUUUAACUAUAUACUGACAUUUUAAGGCCUAAACAUCAAACACUCUAUGAAAAUAAUCUUUUUGAUGCAGCUCUACAAAAAAAUAAUACAAAACCUGUAGAGCCAGUUCUUUUAUUGUGGCGUUAUGAAUAUUUCUUUUAUCUGCUUCUACUCUAAUUUUUUGAGUGCAAAAAAAUGAUUUGUGAUAAACUGCAACCAACCUGGCAAUAACAGACUGGAAUUAAAAAGCAGUGGUGAAACUGUUUCAACUAAAAAUGUGAACUCAACGUAAUCAAAUAUGCAAACUCAGUAUUGGCAAUGAAAGAAUAGCUGGUUUGAAUGAGUGACUUAGUGGCUGAUGGUCAGAGCUAAAACAUUAUGUCAGUAGCACAGCAGAAGAAAAACAAUUUGAUUGUUUAGGCAGGCGGACCGAUCAUCUCAGCACCCAGGUAAAACAGAGGCGUCUAUCCUCCAUAUAAAGUAUGUGUUUUAUCCAUUUUUUUCAGGGUAGGAUAAUGGAGAGUUACCGACAACCUCUUCUUGUGCUGUGGUUGACUGCAGUGGUAGCGAUGAAUAUACAUGGCAGUAAUGCUGAGGCUGUGGGAGACGACAUCCUGGUGAAGAACUUCACCAGCAAGCUCCAAGUCAUUCCUCAUAAUGACAACAGCUCCAAUGUUACUAAACUGGUGAUUGAGGAGAGCCUGAUCACUCUGAGUGACGAUGACAGACUGGCCCUGGCUACUUAUCCCACACUGGUAGAGCUCCACCUGGAUGAUAACCAGGUGACCAGUAUACCAGCCAAAUACUUCUCUGUGGUACCAAACCUCAGAGUGCUGUCGCUGACCAGGAACAAAAUCAGCAGCCUGGACCCAGAGUCUUUCUCUGGCCUAGAUGUCCUCACCGAGCUGGACCUGUCCCACAACCUGCUGGCCAGUGUCCCUUCACAGCUAUUCAGACAGCUGAAAAAUCUACAGGUGCUGAACUUACAGGACAACCCCUGGAAUUGUUCCUGUCUGCUGCUGAGCAGUAUUGAGGAGAUCAAAGCAGCCGGAGUUACCACAGGGGGGCAACAAGUCACCUGUGCUUCUCCAGAGAAGCAGGCUGGGACAGAUCUUUUGCAGGCUACAGUCAUGUGUUACCCAUCAUCACCCCCACCUAUCGACACUACAGACCCACAAACAACCACAAAACCAGUCACCCCUCAACAGUCUUGGGGCUCAUCUACUGUGCUGAAGACCAUUCUGACAUCAAGCCAGAACCGCAACAUCAACAUAGACCAGACACCUGUGCUCAGCAACACAUGGAAGUUCACGGCAUGUGUUAUGGCCUUGGCACUAUGCACCUCCAUGCUCAUUGCAUGUGGCAUGAAGGGCCCCUCCUGGUACAAGCUCUUCCACAACUACCGUCAUCGGCGACUGCGCCAAGAAGAGGACCAGGACGACACCGUGUCGACAGUCUUCUCAGAGACAGGGAGACACAUGACCCAUCAGACAUUCACCUUUGAGCAAGAGGAUGGGCAGAUAGAGGAGGGAGAGGAAGAUGAAUAUUUUGAGGAUCCAUACAUCAGAAGGGAAGGAGACUUAGGAGAACCAUGACAGAGCAAACAGCAGCUGGUGAGCAAGUGACAAGGCGAGGAGGGGCAACGAGGCAAUCGUCACAAGAGGAAAAUUUGUCACUUGUGUACUUUAAAUAGGUGCUAAAUGUAGGACUGCUGUGUGGCUCCUAAUGAACAUUGCCUUGAGAUGGGAUAUGUAUAGUACACAUCACUUUAGGUGGAUACCCUGAGGAUGAAUAAAAUCAUUUCACUACUGAUGUUCUAA